AAGAGAAGAAAGACGCUUAAAAGAGGGAGAAUAAGGGCAGUGCGAUGGCCUGUCGAGCUACUUGAACCUCCUUCUCGAGCUGCACAAGGGACGGUUCAGUCGGAAAGCAUGUCUGUUGAAGUGGUGGCCGUGAGUCCAGCUUCCAAGAUGGAGAAGGACGAGGAUGAGGAGCUCUCUGAAGAGCAGAUCCAGAGUCUCUUGCUCGAAGCUGAAACAAGGUUGAAGAAGGCUUCUGGCAGCUCUACCAAGCAAGACGGAGUCGUCUCCCUCGCUACCGGACAGGAGGCUGGCGACUCUGCCUCGCGGCCAAAUAUUGCUACUAUCGACAAAUCCAGACUGGUCCCGGAGUCGGCAAAGAAGCUUGCUGAAACCAUUCACACCGUGGAACAACCGCUUGUCAAGUCCGUCUUGGACUAUGCUGCUCCCAUGAAAGCUUCUUUUAAUCAUAUUACUCCCGAGUUAAAGCGGGAUCUUCAGAUUCUCCGUAUGAGAUCCGUACUUGAUCCUCACCGCCACUACAAGAAGGAGAACGGCAAGGCGAAGAUACCAGAGUACUCUCAGGUUGGUACCAUCAUCGAAGGACCCACCGAAUUCUUCAGUGCCCGUAUCACAAAGAAAGAGCGCAAGAACACUUUUGCAGAAGAAAUAAUGGCUGCAGAGAAGGAGAGCGGCCGCUUCAAGCGCAAAUAUGCUGAAAUUCAGGAAGCCAAGACCAGCGGGAAGAAGGCAUAUUACAAGAAAUUAAAGGCAAAGCGGGCCAGGCCAAUGAAAUGA